UUAUUAUUCACCCAUACCUUUCCUUAUAUCCUUUCCUUCUUUCCCUUUCCUUCCUUUUCUUUUUAUCUUUAUAGCUCUGCAUGGCCCAAACUUAUGCUGAACUAAAAAGUCAUAUCGACCAGUUAUGGAAGAUCAUUGAACAACAAGAUACUCAAAUUCAAGAACUAAAGAAAACAAAUAAUGGUCUUUCUACAGAACGAGAUGAACUUCAAGAGAAACUUUUAUUGGUUUUAUCAAAAGAAUCCUCUACACAACAACAAAAGUCUUUCAACACCCAACAAGAAAAUACAAUAGACACCAAUCCUGUCUUACCAGCAAGGUCUCCUUAUAGGUCUUUCAAUACUAGUGACGCUGACAUUAACUCUUUAUCAAAAGACAAGAAAUAUCAACAACUUUCUUCAACUACAUCUUUAUCUCAUCUGUCUAUUUCUUCUCCUACUCCACCUACUUCUAUAUCAACCGCACAGUCUACUACUAUUCCAUUAUCUCCUCAGGAACCUAUAUCACCCAAAAUUAUUCAACAAGACGCUAAACUCUUUGCUCAAUAUCAAUCGGCUGUAUUGAAACGCGACAUUAUUGAAACAGCAACUAAUUCUGGACAACAAAGGCGUCAGCAACCUAUUUCUCUUAUUCCUAGUAAAUCUUCUACACUACCUUGUCAAUCUCAUGAAGCUCGUUUGGCUCAACGAAAACAACACAACUCUAUGGUAUUCCCUUCAUCUACUGUGAUUCCAGGCAAAAAGAAAAAGGACGAGUUUCCUCCAGCUCCACCUCCACAUCAUCCUCUCUCUUUAGACAAAACAGCUUCUCAACAAAGACAGACAAUGCAUCACACUACUUCUGACAUGAAAUUGAGCAAUAUUAGUGAUAUCACAGUCAAGGUGAUUGGGUCUAUUUUGAAAUCCAAUGAAAAAGGGAAAGAUGUUGUAUCAUUUAUAUUAUCUGUGGGAAAACUUUCCGGCGAUCUUUUUGAAGAAUUGUGGCGCGUGCAGAAAUUGUAUUCUGAUUUUCUGGAUUUGGACCUUAAGCUAAAGUCUCAAUUGGGUAGCUCUAGAAUGAACAAGAUGACUCGACUUCCUGAAAAACAACUUUUUACAACACGAUCACCAAAUAAAUUGGAUCAACGCAGGGUCGCACUGGAAAAAUAUUUGCAUCAUAUUAUUACCUUAUCAAUGGAUGAUAUAUCUGAUUUCUGUGAAUUCCUUAGUACAGAUGUAAUAGAGGAUUCAGGUUACAUAAACCAAAGUCAAGGUAAAAAAGAAGGUUAUUUGACAAAACGCGGCAAAAAUUUUGGUGGAUGGAAGACCCGGUAUUUUACGUUGAAAAAGGAUCGAUUGGACUAUUAUGAAGCGAAAGAUGGCACUAAGCUUGGUUCUAUCUCAAUGGAAGGUGCACAAAUCGGUCGUCAAACGCCUCCUACUGGUACAGCAGAUGAGAAUGAAAGUGGUUAUCGACAUGCUAUCUUGAUAUUGGAAUACAAAAAGACAAGUCUUGGGAAUUAUGUUCGUCAUAUUCUUUGUGCUAGCUCAGAUAGUGAACGGGAUGAAUGGAUUACAGCAUUAUUACAAGCCAUCCAAUCAAACUCUGAUACCAACAACAACAACAACAAUAUUAGCAAUGGAGAUACAGCCUCAUCCGGAUUAUCAAGAAGUAACAGCAGCAAGGAAAAACAGCGCAAGAAAUCUAGUUCUUCUGACAAGUCUAGAAAACUUUCUAAAGGCGAAAUCCGAACUGUGUCUGCUACUCCCAUCAGUCAUUUACGCAUGGAUACUUCUCAAACUGUGGAUAUGGAAAAACUUACCUCGGUUCCUAGCAACAAUGAUUAUCCUUCUACGACACCUUUGGCAAUCGAUCCCUCAUCUUCAGAAUCAAUGGAGAGCAUCAAUAAUGGUAAUACAAUCAAAUCCCCAGUAUCAAUUUCGAGUGUGGAUUCUCCUUUAACACCAAGACAACACAAUAAUUAUAAUUAUUUCGGCACCUCUCCCGAUAGAGGCAAUAAUAUAAUGGGGUUACAUCAACAACAGUUAUAUCAACAACGCAACUCAUUGGCAAAGACCGACAUAUCAUUGGAAGAGAGAGCUGUGUCUCCUCAAUCACGAUCAGAAUCUCCAAUUCCAACCCAGUCCUUUGAUCGUCGGGAAAGUGAUGAUUCUACCAACAAUAGUGGCAGUAAUGGAAGUCAACAACAGGAUAAGAAGCCAAAGAACAAAUCGGCCAAUCGGAUGACUCUCUGGGGAAAGAAAGUAUUUGGAAAUCAACAACGUUCAACUUCUACAUCACCAACAGGAACAUCGGAUGUUACCAACAAUGGGAUAUUACACUUUUCCACUUCUCCUCCUUCUUCUGGUACAAUCUCUUCUUCAAGUCAACAAGAUUCAUCUCAACAACGUGGAACAACACCCAAAUCCUUGCGUAAUAUUUUAUCUCGACCCUCUCAUCAUCAUCAUCAUCAUCAGGAUAACGAUGACCCACCCAAAUCGCCUGUUCACAAUAAAUCACCCGAAUUACAAUUGAAAAUUGGAAAACAACAACUCAUACCUAGCUUGUCAAAAUCAGCCAUCGUAACAUCAACGCGUCAGCCAAAACAACAACCGAUCUUUGGAGUUCCAUUGGAAGAAGCAGUCCGUAUUUCUAGUGUAUCUGAUGGUUAUCCUUUACCUGCUAUUGUAUUCCGGUGUAUUGAAUAUUUGGAUGCUAAGAAUGCUAUUUUGGAGGAAGGAUUGUAUCGUCUCAGUGGUAGCAAUGUAGUUUUACAAAAGUUGAAGAAAAGGUUCAAUGAAGAGGGCGAUAUUGCAUUGUUACAAUCCAAGGAGGAAUAUGAUGUACAUGCCAUUGCUGGUCUACUCAAGAUGUGGUUACGUGAACUUCCUGUCAGUGUCUUGACAAGGGAAUUACGACCAGAAUUCAUUCAAGUCAUUGAUUUAUUGGAACGAAAAGAUAGAAUUAAUGAAUUGGGAAGAUUGGUAUCUGAACUUCCUCUGGCAAAUUAUACUCUUUUACGUAUCUUGACAUCUCAUUUGAUUUGUGUGGUCAAACAUUCGGAUGUCAAUCUGAUGACACUUCGCAAUAUUGGUAUUGUGUUUUCACUCACUCUUGGGAUCCCUGGUACGAUUUUCAAUUUGUUUCUCAGUGAAUUUGAUUAUAUAUUUUGGACCAACAAGAUGGGUGAUGCGGCACCUAGAAGAUUGGAAGAAGAUGAACAAGAUGAUAAUGUUGAUGAUGAUACGGUCAAUGAUACGGCUCAUGGUGAUCAAGCUGGAUCAGUCAGCAAGCAUGAUGACUCUGAUGAUGACUCUGAUGAUGAUGGUGACACAGCACAAAACAACACAUCUGAUACUUUACUUGCACCUAUUUCAUCUGUGGUGGUACCUCGACGAUAUGACAACAAAAAAAUGAUGGCUGUUAAACAAGCUCAAGGACGAAACAAUCGAAAUAGUGUAUUAUAUAUUGAUGCUGCACCCAAUGCUAUUGUGGAUUUGGAGAAACAUACCAAUGAUGGUACCCAUGUAGCUGAAGAAGAUGAAGAAGUCGAUGAUCUUGCUUUGGAUGAUGAUUGUCAAGAUGAAAUUACUCCUAAUGUUACUGAUGAUGACCUGAACAACGAUAUCUCUGAAUAAUGAAGCCAUUCCAUGUUUUUUUAUUUAUUUUUUUAUACCAUUUCCCUAUUUUAUAUACAUAUAUACAUAUAUACACACACUUAUAUUAUUUCUUAUUGUUAUUAUUAUCCCUAAAUAUUCUUAUUCUACAUAUAGUUAUCUUUAGUUUUUUAGUUUAGUAUUGUAUUUUCUUUUUUUUUUGUUUUUGUCUUUUUUUAUUCUGUUCUAUUAAUAGUUUGUUUGUAAUAGUUUAUAAUAUUGAUGUCCAUGGAUGAUAAUAAAAAAAAAU